AGUCAGUUUGACAGUGCUACAUUUGUGAAUGGUUGUGUGUUAUGAUCCUGCUUUUGAAUUUUCCAUUUUGGUAUUAAAACUGAAGUAGCUAUAUUGAUAAACAAUAUUUAAAACAGUGCAUGUGAAUAUUUAUUAUAUUUUAAUAUUGUUUUAUUAUCUAUACGUGCCCACUGUGUGUGAAUUUUUAAUUUUUCUGUUCGGGACCUUCUUUAGCUCGUAGGUAGGUGUUUUGCAUCUUAACGUAUGUAUGAAUUGUGAUACCGAUGGCGUCAUUAUCUCUGCCGCGAGUGCUUCAGCUAAAGAAGAAUAGCUUGGAUGCUGAGCGGGAACAAUUCGAAAAGUUCCAGGCGCUUGCCAUCCAGAAGGCGAUCAACUCAGCGGAAACGCCGGUGAAGGAGAAACAUGUUCGGAGCGCGAUCAUCGGAACAUUCCAGGAGCAAAGCGCCAUCACUUACUGGAUGGUGGCGAUCCGUCAGCCGCUACAAGAGAACAGAAUCGUGGCUUGGAAGUUCUGUCACGUGACCCACAAACUGUUGCGCGAGGGGCACCCCGCCUGUCUCGAUGACUCGCAGCGGCACAUCAGCAUGAUCGAGAACCUUGGCCGGCUGUGGGUCCACCUCCGUGAAGGUUACGGCAAGCUAGUGAACCUGUACUGCAACCUCUUAGUCUGCAAGUUGAAGUUCCACGCGAGAAACCCCCGUUUUCCAGGCAACAUGCAGCUAACCGCCGACGAAUUGGACGCCAUUGCCGAGAACGACGUUAAUAACUAUUUUCAAUUAUGCGUCGAGUUGUUCGAUUAUAUGGAUGAAAUAUUGACAUUACAAGCAUCAGUAUUCGACAGCCUGGGCAACGCGCGCGCCAACUCCAUGACCGCGAGCGGCCAGUGCCGGCUGGCGGCGCUCAUUCCGUGCGCGCAGGACUCCUCGCACAUCUACGACUGCAACGUGCGCCUGCUGUUCCGGCUGCACGCCGCCUUGCCGGCCGACACGCUGGUGGGGCACCGCGAGAGGUUUAGACAGCAGUUUAAGAAACUGAGCUCGUUCUACAAGCACGCGAGCAGUUUGCAAUACUACAGGAACCUCCUCACAUUGCCGGUGUUGCCAUCAAAUCCGCCAAACUUUUUACUACAGAGCGACUUCGGCACUUACGUCGCGCCUGUGGUGUCCAUACCAGAGCCUGCUCCCGACGAAGUGGACGCUGUGGGCGCGCUCAUCGAUACUUCGGAUACCAUCAGUCAGGCAACGACCCCCGAUCAUUUGGACGCUUUCGAGAGUCGCGCGUCGCCGUCCCCGCAGCCGGACCCCGUCGUGGAGCGCGACAAACUCAUUGAACAUCUGCAGAACGAACUCAAGAGAUUGAGGUCUGAGAGGACGCAGAUGGUGGAAGAACGCAACACCAUGCUGGGGUCCAUGCGGGAGCAUUGUACUCAGUUGGAGACGCAGCUACAUGGCGUGAAGCACGAAUUGGAAGAGGAGCGACAGAAGGCUGAAAUUCUAUCAGCGCAGACUCCAGAAAUGCAACAGAAAUUGACGGAAACGGAACAAAAGGCGAAAGUGACCGACGAAAAAUUCCAAAAGUUAAAAGGAGCAUACACACAGUUACGAGAAGAACAUAUCACUUUGAUCAGGCAGAAAGCAGAAGUAGACAAAAUGGCGGCUAGUUUACGAGCAGCGGCCGCGCAACAUGAGAGCGCUAAAAUGGCGCUACAACAACAGCUGAACGAUAAACUAAAGGAUGUAGAACUAUUACAGCAAAGUGCAUCGUCCAGCGAAGAAAUAGAAGCAUACAAAAAUGAAAUAUCAAAUCUUCGCUCAGAGAUUGAGAAUGCUAGGCAGAAAGAAGUAGAAUUAGAAACGUUAAAGGCUUCAAUAGAGGCAUUAGAAAUAGAACACAAAACAGCCGCUGCUGAACAAGCAGAAAAAUUAACGACAGUCACUAACGAACUGAAAGAGACGAAAGAUACUUUAGAAGCUAUAAUUAAGGAGAAAGAUGAGAGAGAAAGUGAAUUAGUUAAAGUUAAGGAAGAAUUAGUAGGUCUUAGGGAAAAGAGUGGUGAUGAGUAUAAAAAGGUAGUUGAAGAGAAAGAAGCAGCCCUGAAACAGAUGGCGGAGCUGACGCAGCAGUAUCAACAGGAAAAGGAGGAACAGUUGGCUUGCAUGAACAAAUUGCACGAAGAAUUACAGUACUUGCAACAAAAACUGAUAAAUUCUGAUUCUGAUUUUGUAGUAAAAUAUGACAAAAUCAACGAGGAUCUUAUAAUACAGAAACGAGAUUUUGAAGAAAAGCUUGAUGAAAAAGAAAAUGAAAUUAAAGAAGCUUUACAAAAUCUUGAAAUAUUAGAAAGUGAAUUGGAAAUUACCAAACAAAGAUACGAUGAAGGAAUUAAAGAAAAGACUGAAAUGAUAACAUAUCUUGAAGGAAAAGUAGUUGAAUUAACCGACACUAGGAAUUUAGAUCUCAGAGUUAUUGAAGAUUAUAAAAUUAAAUUGGAAGAAACGAUAAAAAAUAGUCAAGCAUCUUAUGAAGAUCUCCAAAUGAAAUUAAAUAAUGAGAUGGAAGAAAAAGAUAUUGAAAUUUUAAAAAUACGUAACUUGUUAGAAGAAAGUGAUGAUCGUUACACAAAACUCACUAAACAAGUAGAAGAUAAACAUCAGGAGAUUUUAGAGUUACGUAAACUGUUGGAAGAAAACACAGAAAUAGGUAAUGAGGAAAAAUCUAAAAGUGAAUAUUUGUUGAGGACAAUAAGUGAACUUGAAGAUAAAUUAGCAAAGCAAACUGAAGAAAUCGAAAAUCUUAACUCGCAACUCAAAGAUAACCGGACACGCGAAGAAACACAAAAACAGGAGUUCGAAAAGGUAGAAAAGGACUAUAAAUACGAAAUAACAAUUCUAAAAGAUAAAAUAGAGAAUAUUGUUGAAUGUAAAGAUGAACUUAUAAAUAAUUUAAAAAGUAUGAUUGAAAACAAAGACGAGCAAGUAAUUUCAUUGAAUGUUCAAGUGCAGAAACUUACGGAAGAUGUUGACCGACUACAGGACGAGUUAAAAGAAACACAAGCCGAGUUAGAAAUUGGCAAAAAUGAGUUGUUGAGUUUAGAAGAAGAACAUGCCAUGAUUGUUCAGCGGAGUGAUGAUAACCUUACUCUAAAAAACCAGGAACUGAGAAGUCUCCAUGAUGAAGUAACGAAAUUAUCUCAAGAAAAGUCAGAAUUAGUUUUAGCCAAAGAAAAAGUCGUCAGCGAUUUCGCCUCUCAGCAAUUGGUUUACGAAAGUAAAUUAAAGGAAUUCGAAGAGAAAUUUGAGCAGCUGCAAUCAGUUCAAAAUGAUACCGAGCGAGAGAGCAAAAAAAUUGUAGAAAACUUAAAUGAGGAAAUAAAAUCAUUGAGAGAAGAAUGCCAACAAAUAAAAAACGAUAAAGAUGAAGAAAUCAAAGUUAUUCAAUGUGCUCAUACCCAGGAAAUAAACGAAAAGGACACCACUAUUGCUAAUCUUAAUGAAAAUUUGACACAAUUAAGAGCUGAAUUAGAAAGUUUAUUAACGACGAAAUUGAAAGAGAAGGAAGAUUUGCAACUGAUGCUAUCUGAAAAAGACAAAAACAGCCAGCUGAUGGAAGCCCGCCUUGGACAUACAGAGAGCGAGCGGAUGACAGUCGAGUGCGAACUGCAGGAUCUACUUCAGCACAAUUCUGUUUUGGAAGCAGACGUGAGCAAUUUGAAGAAGCAGCUGGAGGACGCGCAAAGGCUGUUGGAAACUCAACGAGCGAAUAUUGUGAAGUGUGCGGGCGAAGCGGGCGUGGAGGUGACGCAAGAGGCGCUGUCCAGUCUCGACAGAGGCAGUGCGCAGGAGUCGAGCCGACUCGCCGUACAGGUGGCAGCACGCGCACUCGACGAUUUAGCCAAACACUCGCAGAUGAAGGGUUCCGAAGAGCCGACGGCCCGCAGCGCCAUCGCCCUCGCUCACAACGCCGCCUUGCUCUCCUCGUACGUCACUGAAGUGUGCAACGUGUCCACCGACAUCGAGCUGUCUGACAAGCUAACCACCGAAUGCCGCACGAUGCUAUCAUCGACGAAGCAAUGCCUGGAAACCCUCACCACUGGCGUUCUAGAACCUUCGGCGUGCGAAUCUACCCGCAUAUUGUUGUCAGAAGUGUCCGAGCACGCGACGAGAGCGGACGUCGCGGCGAGCGGCUCGAGAAGCGUCGACGACGAACUUGCCGAUAUGGACCGGGCGAUAGAGCAGGCUGCGGAACAGAUAGAGGGAAUGCUCGCAGCGAGCCGCGCCGCCGAUUCCGGCGUGAAGCUGGAGGUGAACGGCAAGAUCCUGGACGCGUGCACCACGCUGAUGGCGGCGGUGAAGCUGCUGGUGCAGGAGUCGCGGCAGCUGCAGGGCGAGCUGGGCGACCCGCGCGCGCGGCGCUGCAUGUACCGCCGCAACCCGCAGUGGUCCGAGGGGCUCAUAUCUGCGGCCAAGGCGGUGGUGUUCGCUGCCAAGUUGCUGGUCACGUCAGCCGACGAGGCGGUGGGCGCGGCGGGGCGCGUGGAGGGCGUGUCGGCGGCGGCGCACGAGGUGGCGGGCGCCACGGCGCAGCUCGUGGCCGCGUCCCGCGCGCGCGCGCCGCCCGCCGCGCCCGCGCUGGCGCGCCUCACCGCCGCGUCGCGCGCCGUGGCCGCCGCCACCGGCGCCGUGGUCGCCGCCGUGCGCGCGGGCUCGGCGCUGGUGCACGAGCAGGAAGCGUUAGACACGUCCACUUUGACGCUGACAGCGACGCGGCGGCUGGAAAUGGAGAGCAAAGUGCGCUCGCUCGAGCUGGAGAGCGCGCUCGACGCAGAGCGAGCGAGGCUGGCCGCGUUGCGCAAGCGGCAUUAUCAUCUCGCGCAGUUGGAAGAGAAUGGUGGUAUUACAAACGGCAAGGAGUGAAGCCAACGAACGGGAUUGUUUUAGAAACCGUGUUUACCGUGCAACUCUUUUGUAAAUGUACCCGCAUUUCUAUUACCCAAACAUUCUUAACUUGCAUUUUUAUACAACGAAUUGUUUUUUACCCUUUUGGGUUGCUUUUGUACGCAUAAUUUCAUGAUAAAACGGAAUGUUUAGAACAAAAUAACAGCCUGUAUUGUUGUUACGUACGAAAAUUAUAAGUUGUCGCGUUAAAUACCUAUUGAUUCCAAUAUAUUAAUGUGCUUUAAAAAUACAGUAUCCGUUUCUUUCUCUCUCAUUUAGACUGUAAAAUUCUACAUUAAACAGCUUUACCUACUCAUAAAUUUAAUAUAAUUAUCUUGACACUUGGUCAUCUGACUGGUUCCGUACUCUUGGAUUUCAACAUGGAAUUAUGCGUACAAUCAUAGUAUGAGAGAAUCAUCGUUCUUCCUGUAGAGAUGGCUCAAUGUUAUUAAUGUUUAGCAUUAAAUCCGCGUUGUGAUUUGAAAUCCUGGGCAAUUAGAUAGGAAUAAAGUAUUGCUUAGUAAUAAAACAACACUUAUUUAGUACACUAUUUACAAUUUAUAUAACUUAACAAAUAUAUAUUUUGUGUAUAUUAUUUUUAUGUAUGAUCGAUCACUUUAAAUAAUGUUAUGCCGAUUUUUACAAUGUAUAAUUAUCUAUAGGCUUCUAACUACGUAUAGGUUAACAAAUAUUAUGCUCUUUCCUCAAAUGUUCAUGUGAUAGGUAUCGUUAAUUUACCAUAUAAUUGCAUAAAAUAGCCAGGAAUAUUGCUAGCGUAAUUGGCUUAUUAUGCGCACUUGAAAAACUACUACCUGAUCCUUUUACCGCCCAAUAUAAAAAGUAAAAACGCGACGUUAGGUACGCCGUAAAAGUAUGCCAGUUCUAGAAUAAUCACAUCUAGAUUUUUUUGUAAGUUGUUGUGUUUAAUCAGAUUUAAUAUCUAGUUAUCUAUACCAUUUUUAAAUUCCUAUAGACAUUGAUGUUUAAAUAUAAGAAAUAAAAUUUAAUACUUGUAACACCAAAUCUUGGAUUUGUAAAUCCCCACGAGAAUGUAGAUAAUAAAUCACGAGACUUUAAGCUUUAAGCAAAGACUAAGUAAGAAAAUUGUAACUUGUAUGUUUUUAUGUAUAGAGAUAAAUAUUUUGUAUGUUUAAUAUUUUUGUUGAGAGUUUUAUGUUUUCUCAAAAUAUAGCAACGUAUGUAAUAAUGUAUGCUAUAAUUCACAAAAAGCAACAAAACACAUUUUUUGACAGCCAAUUACGAUAUCCAUUGGUAAUUUAUACUUAUUAGCAUUUCGAUUAAAAUUUGUAACUAUUUCUAACCGUUUUAUCAGCUAAAAUGAUAUGUAUCCUUUGUAUCGAAGAUAUCAACUGGGUUUUAUAAAUAAAAUUUAUGUACAACUUA